AUGCGCUUCGCUAUCUGGCAGCUCGUCCGUCAGUUAUCCCUCGCCGUACCGGUCGUCCUGACCGUUAACGACAACGUCGUCAGCAUGUGCGGUGUGGACGGCCACUCCAUGUCGCCCACUUUCAACCCGCUACGCGACAAAACUGGCCUGCUAUUCCGUGCCGCCCUGAGCGAUCGCGUGCUUUUAGACAGGCUAUCGGCGCGUUACAUGCAGUACCAGCGCGGGGACGUGGUGGUUCUCAGAUCGCCUAUUGAUCCCGACGUGUGCCUCAUAAAGCGUCUCAUUGCACUACAGGACGACUGGGUAACAGUGCCGGGCGACAGUAGUGCUGACGCCAGCACCAGCGGAAGUGGCGCCAGCAGGGUUGAUGACGUCAUCAGGCGGAUUCCUAAGGGCCACUGCUGGGUGGAAGGGGACAAUGCUGAUGUCAGCGAGGAUUCUAAGCACUUUGGCCCGGUGCCACUGGCACUGCUGGAAGGGCGGGUGCGCUGCAUCGUAUGGCCUCCACACAGAAUAGGCGGAGUGGAGAGUCGAAUGCCUGAGGGGAGAGUGCUGCCACUGAGGCAACAGCACUAG